UAUUGAUUAAGUUUGAAUUCAUGACAGAAAACUCUCUUUUUUUAAAAAAAAAAUAUUUUUAUGCAUUUUUCAUAUGUAUGCCUUACUUAUGCAAGGAAGUUUUACAGGGCCAAGGAUAUUUUGGUCUGGUGCCAGUCUUCAAACUGAAGCUACUGGCUAUGAACAGGGCUUACUGCUUACCGGCGGCGAGGAGGAAGGAGAGUGACGGCGACAAUAGAGAAAAUGGUGACACCGCGAGACGGCGACGACCACAGAGCUUUCACAUGACGCGAGGGAGCUUCCUACGACAGCGACACAGCUCCUGCGACGGCGACGGAACUUCCACACGUGAUGCCUAUACACGCGACGGGGCUGCAGGGGGUAUGAGAGCUGCAGUAGCUGCGGUUGCUGCGGGGCUGCGGUGGUUGCGGGUGGCAGGACUGGGUGGCUAGGGUUCUUUUUUGAGUUUGUUCUUUCAAUUUCAA